AUGGGUACCUCAGUUGGUAAACUACGCCGUUUGGAAGAUGCUACACCGAGUUCAAGGUCAUACCUAGAUGCCGACUUGCCUUCCGAUCCCUCAUCCUUCGCCUUCGAUGGAACCAACUCUGAUUUAGCACGGCAGCUGUACUAUCGGUCACUUGCAGGAGACUCGGCCGAUCAGCUCAACCUCUCAACUAUUCCUUCCAAAAUUCAAGACAGGCUCGAUGAUCUCGAUGUUAACUGGGCUGAUUUGGAUGGUAUCGCCCAACGUGCAGUGCUUUGGGACACCGGAUUUGGCAUCUCAAGUUCCGAUGAGCCCGUGCAAAUUUUUACCGAUGGCAGUCACUCCAUCGCGAACCUUGCCGUCCCAAUCAGUCACUUCGCCGGCGCAGGGUGCACCUGGACGAAUUGCUCUCAACCAGAUGGCAGCAUUAGCUACAGCAAUUUGGCUUGUAACGCAGAACAAAUGCUCUCAAAAGCAAGGUGCUUUGCUGAGGAUUUCGAAGACGAUACUUGGGUUCUCAGCCCAACGUGGUCCACCGGAGGAUGGCCACCAAUGAUUCCGACUCCGCGUGUGUACAUGGACAGCUGGACUGACCCGGCUGACAAUACUACUUAUACAGUCUUCGCCAUCCACACACUAGCCUUUGAUCAAGAGCCAUUUUAUAGCGAAUGCCCUAACACUACAAGGAACGGUGGCUACGGAAGUCUGGUGGUCCCGUGCGCACCAACGGCGAGGGUAUCGGCUUCAUCGAGUUCAGAAAUUACACCAGUGGAAGGAAGCCCCUGGGUAUCUCGAUGGAUUGCGGAAGAGUACUCAACGAAAACGACUCCACUUCUCAGCACAUCAGCCACAGUUGGAAUUAUUACUGGAUGCAUUGUAGUUGUUCUCGUCAUCCUCGGAUUCAUCAUCGCCUGCAAGCAUCGUUCCAAGAAAAAUAAAGGCCAAACCGGCUUGUGGGACGACGAUAUUAUCACUGCUAAGCGCAUCCCUCGCAAUCGGGUCCAAGUCAACCAACUGCUCAGUCGAGGCGCUUUUGGAGAGGUUUACGCUGGCGCAUUCAAUGACCGACAAGUCGCAGUGAAAAUGCUACUUCCAAGCACCCGCCGUGAUAUUCGACUAGUGAACGAGUUCCUGGCAGAAGCCAGGUUAACCGCUUGCAUGGAGCACCCGCGCAUCGUCACUUUGGUUGGAGUUGCGUGGGAUACCCUCUCGGAUUUGUGUAUAGUGCUGGAGUUCAUGGAAGGUGGAGAUUUGCGGUCACUGUUGAACAAUUACGAAAAAGCAAAAAGAAAAUACCCCGUUGGGUUCAGUCGCGAAAAAGUGACCAUAGCGUUGCAUGUGUGCCACGCACUCACGUAUUUGCAUUCACUGGAACCGCCUGUAAUUCAUCGCGACUUGAAGUCGAGAAAUAUUCUAUUAGACGAAAUGCACGAAGCCAAGUUGACCGAUUUCGGAAUUUCUCGAGAGCGUCUUGACCGCACAAUGACCGCAGGAGUGGGCACGUCGUUGUGGAUGGCUCCGGAGGUCAUGAUGGGCGAAAAAUACGACGACAAGGCGGAUAUUUUCUCGUUUGGUGUUGUGUUGUCCGAGUUGGAUUUCCACACUCUUCCGUACGCUCAAAUCAAACGGGAGAUGGAACGUUCACACGGCCGACAAAUGUCAGAUGCUACGCUGCUUCAACGAGUGGCGAUGGGAGCGACUAGUGUAGAGUUUUCUGAUGUUGGUCCGCAGUCGAUGGUGGAUCUUGGUAGAGCAUGUGUUUCUGUCGAUCCUAGUAAACGUCCAUGUGCAGCUGAGGCGCUGUUUAAGCUCCAAGUCGUUCUGUCGAAGGAUCUGGCGUGA